GAGCGGCGCGAGUGAAAAAGAGAUACAGGGAGAAAGCCACGAGCUGAAGAGAAGCGUGCAAACUGGGAUGAGUGAUACACGCACCGGGCCCUUUCUUUAGCCUCCAUCACGAGUGAGAGAAAGUGUGUGCACGGAGGAGAGCGCACAAGAGACUGAGAGAGUGAGAGAGAGUUGGAAGAAGAAGAAGAAGAAGCUUGAAGAAUUUAGAAAAAGGAACAAAAGCGGGGACUAAAACUACAACUAUGCUGUGCUGCAUAAGAAGAACCAAGCCGGUGGAGAAGAACGAGGAUGCCGACCAGAAAAUCGAGCAGGACGGGACGGCCAAACCCGAGGAUAACAAGGCUCACAAGGCUGCUACCAAAAUACAGGCGAGCUUCCGUGGACACAUAACUCGGAAAAAGAUGAAAGACGGAGAAGAUGACAAGGAAGAGGAAGCUCCCGUCAACGGAGAGAACGUGGUGAACGGCGUAGAGGAAGACGGAGAGGACGCCAAGAGCACAGAAGAAGCGAAGGAAGACGCGCCUGCCAAGGAGUCGAAGAAAGAAGAGGAGAGCCAAGCCAAAAGCCCCGAACCAGAGAAGCCCGCUAACUCUCCGGCUCCUCCCGCUGAAUCGGCGGCGUCUCCUGUAGCUCCACCCGCCGCCGCCGCCGCUACCUCCCCGACGGCCGAAGCCCCGAAAGCCGAACCGAAAGCGGAGGAGAAAGCGGAGGAGAAGCCCAAAGAGGUGGAAGCGGCCAAGAGUCCCACCACGGCGCCCCCGGCCCCCGCCCCCACCCCUGUGCCCGUGAGCGAGGAGAAAACCGAGGAGGAGCAGAAGAGCGAAGAGAAGACGGAGGAGGACAGACAAGCCGACGUGCCUGCCGCUGUAAGCCCGACAGCGGACAAGGAGGAGUCUAACCAAACAAAAGAAGAUGCUGCAGAGGAGAGUAAACCUGAGGCCCCCGCUCCAGCAGAGGGCGCAGACGCCCCUGAGUCCCAGGACGACUAAGCCCGAGCUGAAGAAUGAAUGAAAGAGGAACAACCCAGAUCUAAAAUGGUGGCUCUUCGCUCUUCGCUCUUCGCUCGUUCCUUCCGAGUGCGAGAGUCGUUUCUAUUUGUUUGUCAUUUUUUGUGUGGCAAUGAUUUUCUCGGGGGGAGUUUCCAGUGUGGAGUUUUUUGGCUCAUACUAAGAGAAAGUGGUGAUGAAAAAUGAUUGUGAACGUGAGGAAGACGAAGUUUGAUUUUAUUUAAUGACACUAUUUAUGCUUAGUGGUAGAACAGAUGCACCCAACUGGAUGUGACACAUGAGGUGCACUGCACUGAGGUGCGGGGCAUUUUUCUUAGCAUUAACAUUUAGAAUCUGUUUGCAGCUGCACGCACAAACAAACUGUGACCGAUGCAAGUUUAGUCUUUACCCUGUAGGACACAGCACUGACACAUUUGAACAAACGAAUGUAAUUAUGUGUUGUCCAGUUGGGGGCGCUCUCCUGUAUCCAAAUGAACUAUACUCCAUAUUGAGCUGGACACGUUCGAGCUCAGUUUACACUUUUACAAACGUGUUUACUCACAUGUCACUAAAGGACCUGCUGCCAUUUUAAUAUAUAUCAAAUCUGCUAUAGUACCAUGUAAAUUUGCUUUUACUUGACAAAUUGUGAGAACAGUAGCAUGAACCAUCGAACCAGAUGCAUGAUGGGAACUCUCCCUCUGAGAGGAACUUUUUCGCAGUCACAAAAACUUAAGAGGUGGCGGCUUCUUUUUGAUGUCUUUGAUGUUGUUAUGACAGUUUAUAAGAAUUGGAAAAAAAAACUCUUGCACUGAUGUUGAAAAAGAGAAAAAAGUCAAUGAAAAAUCAAACGAACAAAAACAAAAAAUACUUUUCCUAUGUUUCAGUGAGUGCAAUGUCCAGUUUCAACUUAUCCAGGAGUUUCAAACUUGUGAGAAAAAAUGCGAAAAAAAAAUUCAAAUGGUUUAAUGUCUGUUUUCAAAAUAAAGCAAAUGUGCCAAUUACCAUCAGAA